GCUACACGGGAAUGCUUUUUGUUGCUCCUUGCCACCCGUACGGACGUCAACCAGUCGUUCCUGUCGCGCUGUCAUUACCUGUACUGUGGGCCGGAAGGAGACUAUAAGCGCUUUUGGAAUUAUGGCGGCGGUGGAUAUCCGAGAUAAUCUGCUGGGAAUCUCGUGGGUUGACAGCUCUUGGAUCCCCAUUUUGAACAGUGGUAGUGUCCUGGAUUACUUUUCAGAAAGAAGCAAUCCUUUUUAUGACAGGACAUGUAAUAAUGAAGUGGUCAAAAUGCAGAGGCUGACAUUAGAGCACUUGAAUCAGAUGGUUGGAGUUGAAUAUAUCCUUCUACAUGCUCAAGAGCCCAUCCUUUUCAUCAUUCGAAAGCAACAGCGGCAGUCCCCUGCUCAAGUUAUCCCACUGGCUGACUACUAUAUCAUUGCUGGAGUCAUCUACCAGGCACCUGACUUGGGAUCAGUUAUAAACUCCAGAGUGCUUACUGCUGUGCAUGGCAUUCAGUCAGCUUUUGAUGAAGCCAUGUCAUACUGUCGCUAUCAUCCUUCCAAAGGGUAUUGGUGGCACUUCAAAGACCAUGAAGAACAAGAUAAAGUCAAACCUAAAGCCAAAAGGAAAGAAGAACCCAGCUCUAUUUUUCAGAGACAGCGUGUGGAUGCUUUACUCGUAGACCUCAGACAAAAAUUUCCACCCAGAUUUGUGCAGCAAAAGUCUGGAGAAAAGCCUGUCCCAGUGGAUCAGACAAAAAAAGAGGCAGAACCAGUACCAGAAACUGUAAAAUCUGAGGAGAAGGAGAUCACAAAGAAUGUCCACCAGACGGCAAGCACUAAAGGUCCCCCUGAGAAACGAAUGAGACUUCAGUGAGUACUGGACAACCAAGAAGCUUGCAAGAUGCCUCUUGUCAGUUACAAUACCUCAGUACUAUGGCAGCGAUUGAACCUUAAAACACUAUUGCAACCCUCUCGUUUGUAUGCAGUGCACUAGUUCUUUAAAAAAGGACCUUACCCUCUUCUGCCUUCUAUGUGAAUAUGUAUUUUUUGUAACCUUUCCUCUACUGGACUUGGGCAGUGCACCUGACUCACAAAUAUGCCAGUAUAUAUCUUUAAAAAAUAAAUAAAAGCAUUUGUAUAUAU